AUGAUAUCCUUAUUCGGGAGCGACCAGAAGGGGAAGGGGAAGGAGGUGGAGCGAACAGAAGGGGAAGGGGAAGGAUUCGGGAAGGAGCAGAAGCAGAAGCAGCGGAAGGAGGAGCAGAAUGAGCAGAAGCCGAAACAGAAGCGGAAGGUGCAUGAGCCAGAGGAGCAGCUGCCGGAACCGCAGGAGCGGGAGAAGUCCUUCUCCAACCCCUUUGGGGGACCCGCGAAUGUUCAUUGCGAUUUUGUUGCAAGAGGGUGUUCUGCUCAUAUUGAAGCACGAGGACGAGAGGCGGUAGGAGCAGCAGCAUUGGACCUCAGCGAUGCAACUGAGCCAAAAGGAGAACUACAGAAGCACGCGAAGAUCUUCCUCAAAGCUGACGGAGCAGACGCGAUGGUUUUCGAAAGAGUAGGAGGAGCUGCAGAAGGAGCCUUGCUCCCGAUGGCCGGUUUCGUGGCGCCAGAUCCAAACGCGCCAGUGACUGCUGGCGUCUGGUUGCAGUUACCAAAGCGGUCAGUCACGCAGGAGGCGGCGCUGCCGUCCUCGUUCAAGAACCCACCAGCGAUGAGACCCCAGAAGUUGAAGUCGCCAGAAGCAGGUUGGUUGAUACCGCCAGUGUCUGGAACAGCUGCAUCCCAGCUAUCGCCAAAGACGAAGUGGUUGGCGUUAAAGCUGUGGUAUGAGACCAACACGUUGCCCUAG